CAUCAAUCAAAUACUAAUAGUUUCUCCCGCAAAAUGAUAGGAAAGAAAUUCUUAUGCGUUGUUGUAGCGGUGGCCUUUGUUAUGAUAACAAAGGUGCCCCAAAAUGUGAGUGCUCAAAACUGUGGUUGUGCUGAAGGGUUAUGUUGCAGCCAACAUGGGUAUUGUGGUAACGGUGAGGAGUACUGCGGCACAGGGUGCAAGCAGGGUCCUUGUUAUUCGAGCACACCAAGUACUAACAAUGUUAAUGUGGCUGACAUUGUCACACCACAAUUCUUCAGUGGCAUAAUUGAUCAGGCUGACUCUGGCUGUGCUGGCAAGAACUUUUACUCACGAGAUGCUUUUCUUAAUGCUCUCAAUUCCUAUAAUGACUUUGGUAGACUUGGUUCCGAGGAUGACUCCAAGCGCGAGAUUGCAGCUGCUUUUGCCCAUUUCACACAUGAAACUGGACAUUUUUGCCACAUUGAAGAGAUUAAUGGUGCAUCGCAGGACUACUGCGACGAGAAUACGAUUUCACAGUAUCCGUGCCUUUCUAACAGAGGUUACUAUGGGCGUGGUCCGAUCCAACUAACAUGGAACUUCAACUAUGGACCUGCUGGACAGAGCAACGAUUUUGAUGGAUUGAACGCUCCUGAAACAGUGGGCAAUGAUCCUGUGAUUUCUUUCAAGACAGCACUGUGGUACUGGAUGCAACACGUGCGCCCUGUCAUCAACCAAGGCUUUGGUGCAACCAUCAGAGCCAUUAACGGUCAACUUGAAUGUGAUGGUGCCAACCCUUCCACAGUUCAGGCUCGCGUUAAUUACUACACUGACUACUGUAGACAAUUCGGUGUUGCCACCGGUGAUAAUCUUACUUGCUAAGGUAGCAAGCCACGCUACCUAUACACAUAUUAUAUAGAAUAAAUUAUGUAUCUUCUUAUACCACUCAUUUUUUCUUUUCAAUAAAGAAUUGAAGGCUUGUUCCCUCGCUCAAUUCACUUUUAGGAGGAGUUUUAAACGUAUAUAUCUUCAUUCACACUUGUAUGAGAGAGAUUAAUUCUUCUAGAUUUCUUUAUGUCCAUGAAUUUGAAACUCAAAUAUAAUAAGAUUACGUGUUUAAUA